UAAGCAAAGCAAAUAUAGAAGAUUUGAAACGACAGCGGCAUGGGAAGAUCUCCUUGUUGCGAUGAAGAUGGUCUGAAGAAAGGUCCAUGGACUCCCGAAGAAGAUCAAAAGCUGGUCCAGUUCAUUAAGAACCACGGCCAUGGUAGCUGGAGAGCUUUGCCUAAGCUUGCAGGUCUCAACCGAUGUGGGAAGAGUUGCAGAUUAAGGUGGACCAAUUAUUUGAGGCCUGAUAUCAAGAGGGGCAAGUUUUCUCAAGAUGAAGAACAAACUAUCCUCCGCUUGCAUUCCAUUCUUGGAAACAAGUGGUCAGCCAUUGCAACACAUCUUCCCGGCCGCACGGAUAACGAAAUCAAGAACUUUUGGAACACCCAUUUGAAGAAGAAGCUGAUUCAAAUGGGGAUCGAUCCGAUGACCCAUCAACCCAGAACCGAUAUAUUCGCUAGCUUGCCUCAGCUGAUAGCCCUUGCUAGCCUUAAAGAUCUCUUGGAGAACCCGUUGCAGGCCGAGGCUGCUCACAUGGCUAAGCUUCAAUGCUUCCACUUUCUCCUUCAAUCUUCUUCGAUGCCCAACAACAACUACGGUGGCGCCAUUGCAGACAUGGAAGAAGCAACUUCUCUCAACUUAUUAAAUUCAAUCCAUUUUCCACUGGGAAAUAAUAUUAAUGAAACCUCUCAAUCUCAACUGCUCCACUAUCCACCACCACAAGUCCCUUUCGGUUUCCAAACAUCGUUGAAUAAUAACGAGGAGAGAACGUCAAAGAACAGUGUUGAGUUGGGCCACUGUUCCAACUUUGUCGUCGACCACGGAGAUAACCUAACUGAUAACUCAUCAUCGUGGCUUCUUCAAUCGUUGGAGACACCUCCAGAAACGGCGGCCGCCACAUUGUGCAAUAAUCCGGGAAAUGCGAGCAGUGCUUCGAGCUACAACGACACGGCGGCCGCCUCUCCCUACUGGUCUGAGCUCUAUUUCAACGACUCUAUCAUGCAUGAGAUUAUUUCAUAGAUGGUUUUAUUUCUUAUAUUAGAAGUCUCGAUUGAGAGUUGGGGUUCGGAUUUCCCAUCGGUUGUUGUUACUGUAGAUAACUAUAUAUUGUAUUUCAGGCUUUAAUUUUACAUAUAACCCUAUUAUAUCAUUAAGAAUACCCUAUUUAUCGAAA